UAUUUUUGGACCUUUUCCGUUUUCAAUACGAAAUAAUGAAGGCUCCCAAAAUACAGAUAGCAAACUAAGAACCCCCAUCUGAGAAACGAAGGACGCCGUUUCUGGUUCCUUCUUCCUCAUUUGACCGAGAAAAGGCAGAAACAGGGAGGCAGAUCGGCGUUUCAAAACAAAAGACGAGAAAGAAAUUUGGAUAAGUUCUAGUUUCUGCCAUACACUUGGUUUGAUCUCUGGGAUUUCAAGUUUGUUUUUGGGUUGAAAUUGGAGUCACUAGAAUCUCUGUUGAUUUUGCUAUUUCCUCUGGUGCUGAGCUCCAUUUUCCUCCUAUUGCUUCAUUUUCGUUUUCCUUGCAUACCAAGAUACUCCUUGUUAUUAGCUACCAUGGGAGAACGCUAUAUGACAUCUGUUAUAGGUCAACUUUCAACUAUGAAACCGCCACGUGAAGAUUUGAUUAGUAUGAUACACUUGAAUGGCCCAGAUCUGCCAGAGCUUAUACCUUAUGAUUCUCUGAUAAACAUCUGUGCCGAGGGGCUGACUUAUGGAGCUAUGAGAACCGUAUGCCCUACUUGCAAAACCAUUCUCCAUGGCGACGGAGAGAAAUAUCAGUGUUCUAGAAAGUUAUUGAAGCGGUCAUCAUGCAAUUAUUAUCGUUAUCAUGUCGAGACGUCAACUGCACCAUGGGAAAUACCAGAAAGUGUAACAAAACAGGAGUUGAAAACGGUAUUCAAUAUUGAUGCUAUUAAUAGUUUUCUUACUUUCCAAUAGAAUUAGUGCGUGUAUAUAUAUACACACACACACAAAUUCUCUUUUUUUCCAGUUGAAGAGGAAGUCUAGGAACUACCAAGCAGAGUCAUUUUUAGACCCUGAGCAAGAAACAGAGGAAAAACGUCUUGAUGUGUGCACAUGCACACAAGUAUAGGCAUAUAAUCGAAGAUGGAACGCGUUUGACAUUUGAAAACAUUCCAUACCAAUAUUUUCUGGUUAUGAAUGAUGAUCUUAUUGGCAACUAUCAGAAAACUGAUGAUUCUACUGGUACAAGCAGUCACUGUUUUGGUCAAAUAUAUUCUAUAGAGGAAAACCCCACAAGAUAUGUUUUUUAUAAAUGGGAACAGGUUUAUAAUAAGGAAAUGCAAUAUUUUUAUGAUUAUUCUUCGGCUGUUGAAGCGAUUGAACGGUUUGAAGAGCAAUUCCUUCACGCGACGGGGAACCCAUGGAAAUCAUGGAUUGAGAAAGACUUUGUGAGGAUUGCCAGUAGAUUCUUUCCAUUGGAGAUGGAUUAUUAUUCUAGACUACGUUACAGAAGCCAAAAGAAGGUUGAUGAGAUUCAUGAAGAAAUUGCUGUCAAAUUGGAGCAUCUUAAGAAGUUGAAGAUUAAUGAGAAGGAGAUAACAGAGGUGUCAAUCCAGAAAGCUCAGAACAUCACCGUACGAAUUGUUAUGGAAGCUCAUGACAUACUUGAAGGUUUCAAAAAGUUGGAGGUACAAGGGACACACCAAAAAAUGGUUUCUGCUGUGAAGAAUCAGUUGAAGUUUCUUGAUGAUGAGGAAGACCUUAAAUUUUGUAGCAUUGUAUCAAGACUGCUAACUUCACCAGUUGGUACUACUAUACGAUUGGUCGAUCUCCCACAAAAAUUUGAUUUCUUUCAACCAAUCGGAAAGAUUCUGAGUGUUUUCUUCGAUUACCAGAAAUUGCAGUUGACUCUAACAGGUUCUUGGAUCAUGACAUUGUUUUUUUCACCAAAUGAGCAGAUGCAUCAUUAUUACGUAAAGCAAAAAGAUUAGGCUGCUGUUAUUGGUCAGUUCUUUUGAGAAAAGCUAGAAAGGCAUUAGAUGAGUCCAGUUCUGAUUGUUUUAUACUCUGCACCAUGGAUGUUGAGGAGCUUCCAGAGCGUCCGGAGCAUGAUAUGGCAAGAGAUGCGACAUUCACGGAUAAGCAAACGAA